GUGCAUCACAGUCCCGUCACCACACAGUGACACACACACAGGGAGGAAGAUGGCUGCUGUCCCACUGUUGCUGCUGCUCAGCUUUGGAGCCUUGUUUUUUUCGGCUAAUGCACAAGAUGCCUACGAGAAACUACCUGAAGACUACAAAAAAGGAGUGGACCUGGCCUUGGAGAAGCUCAACGCUCUUUCUGGGAUCCAGAGCCAUUUUCUCUUCUUCAGAAGUCUUGCACAGUCAAGCAUUGAGCCUGGAUUCGAUGUGAGCUACAUCUACCACCACUUCUAUCUUAAAGCCACCAAAUGUGCAAAGGGAACAGUCGACUCUUCGGCGUGUCAGUUCAGGCACGACAGACCGCUGAUCGACUGUGCAAUCUGUUACAAAACAUUUGAAGGGAACAUCGAAGCUGAACCUGUACCGUACAUUCACUGUGUCCACAAACCGGCCCUUACGGAGGAGAUGAAGGACACCAGAGUAAACCACUGCGAAAAAAUGGGUUACAGCAAUGGAGCCCCAACUCUUCUAGCAUCGAAAGGAACAGAUGAAGUGUGAAGUAACGUAGCCUGUAAAUAACUUUGAACAACUAUACUGUCAUUAAUGAGUAGCCCACCUCUUAACUACUCUUUAUGUGUGUGUUGGUAAUGGUCUUUUUUUUUUAAAUCACAUUUUACGUCUGUACAUAAAGUGUUGCCUUACACAAAAUUAAUAAUAAAGUUUAAUUUUGUGAACUAUUAAA